AUGAAUGUUACCUCUUACGACACGACUCGCGCUCGAGCCAACGAAGAUGGCGGCCGGGCCAGUCGCGUCGGCGUACGCCCGCCAGGGGCCAAUGACAGCAGCCAACACGACUACCAUGGGACGAAACAGCGCACCAGCCAGGGCAUCUCCUCCUCCAACCGGCAUGAAUGCAGGGACAAGGACUGCAGGAAGCCCGUCGCCUGGCGCAACGUUGACAACAUUGGCGGCAUCGCCCCCGAAAUCAACGGCCACAACGCUAGCAACCACAACAGCGGCAACAUGGGCUCUGCCCUCGUCCCGUUUCACGCCAACCAAGAGGCGCGGGAGGUCCAGAUGAAGCUGUACGACAUUUUGUCGGCGACGGGCUUGCCACAGGGCGACCUUCCCGUCCUCGGCAACAGGCCACUCGCGUUUGCAACGCUUCAGCCCGGCCCGACCUCGUCUUCCACGCCGCAGCAGUCGCCGCUGCAGGGCAGUGUUGCUUGGAUGUGUGCACAGUUCAGCAUAGAGCGCGAUCGUCGGGAGUGGUACUACCGCCAGCGCAGGUCGCACCUGCCUCUCAUUUUCUCCGACUUUUGCGAAGACCAUGCCUUCUGUCCGGCGUUUCGCUGUCACGAAGUCAAAGGACAGGUCGCCGACCUGACGCAUUCCGAGAAGAACGCCAGCAAGUUCCUGCGGCACGAAUUCUGUCCAAAGCACAAAUGCGAAGUCGACAAAUGCGAGCUUCUGUGUGACGAGACCAAACCCAACUCUCUCGGAAAAUUCUGCCCAAAGCACAAAUGCUACUAUACAGGUUGCGUCAAGCAGGCCCAAGAUGGUCGUGGAUACUGCGGCGAACAUGGGUGUCGGUCGACCAAUUGCCAAAAGAUCGCCGUCGUCGGCUACAUGCUCUGCAAAAAGCACCUCGAAUGUGCUGAGCGUUCCUGCGUGCGUCCUCGCUUUGUCGUGCCCACAGACCGCGUCCUCGACCCCAAGGAUGUUGCGGAGUGCUCGAUUGAGCGCUACGACCGCGACCACUACCUGACAUACUACCUGGCCUACUGCAAAGAUCACGGCAUCUGCGCCGACAAAUCGUGCUCAAACUUCCGCAUCAGCUCCAGUGUGCACUGCCGCAAGCAUGCCUGUCUUGAGUUCGGCUGCCGCAAACCCUGUCGCAGUGGCCUCAAAUACUGCGAAGCUCACUUCAAAGACAAGCACAAAAAGCAAACCAAGGCGGCUGUUCGGCGGGACACCGAAGACACAAAGAUCGCCGUCCAGCGUGAGACCCAGCAGUGGGCCAGCACGUUUGGUGUGUCUGUUGGUGUCGGAUCCGGUGCUGGCAGCCUCUACGGUGACCAGCCGACCCGUCGCCCGCUACGAUAUUUUCCCAUAUCCAACCUUUCCAUGAGCAACCGGUCUGCCGGAUCGCGCCUAGGCGGGUCGCCGCCGCGCCGAUGGCACGGCGACCAUGACUUUGAUGAUGGUUGGGGGGAUGAGCAGGAUUAUGAUGGAGACCGUUUUCGCCCUGAAGGCCGUCGCCACCGUGACGAAGGCUCCAAAGGCAACUUCCACAUGCACACACCCUCGUCCUCGGAUGCCGGGCGCUCCCGGUACCACGACAACAACGACCUUGACGACAAUAGCCCCAGCAGCCAUGGGAUGCCAAAGCAGUCGCCACCAACCGUCGAUGCCGGGGAUGGUCAGAUCAACGCCACAGAAUCAAAAUGCAGCCAGGCCACCCACCGGGACUGGCGGAAACAACUCUGCCAACGCAGGAAAUACCAACACAAGUAA